UUUUAAAAUUAUUUUUUAGUUAAAUAUAAAAGAAUACAAGUCAAUAUGGCAUCAGUUGUAAUUGUUUCUCAUCACCUGAAAUCUUCACCUGAAAAAUUCUUUGAUGGAUUAAAGGAACUAGUGAAGUCGAAAACAAAUGUAUCUAACUGGGGAACUAAUUUGCCUGAACUAGAUGCAUCUAUGAUUGUGCAAUGUGUUGUAGGACCAAAUCAUUUAGCAUUUCUUAUGAGUGAUGGUCGCGUAUGUAGAGUUGCCUUUCAUAUAGUCAGUGAAUCUGCAAAAUUUUACAAACAAAAGGAACCAAGCAGUGAUGAAGAAAUGCCUGUUCCAGUAUCCAUUAACAAAACCCCGGUGUCUUCUUCAACUUCAAAUGCGGAAGAAGCUUUAAAUUCUCGUACUGAUAUCUCCUUCAGUCUUUCUGGAGAAACACUUAGCAGUUUAUCUAAUCAGCUUAGUCGUUGGACAUCACAGCGAAUAAGUACUGCAUCAACAAGCUCAACGGGUACUAUAACAUCACUUGCAAGUAGAGUAGCAUCUGUGAGAGGUCGUGGACGUAUCAUUAGAGCUACUCGUGGAAGAAUUGGUACUGGCUGGUUAGGGAGUACUAGUAGAGCUCUUUUACCAGCUUCUGCUGUACCUGAAGAUUUAAUUGCACAAGCGCAAGUUGUAUUACAAGGUAAAUCUCGACAAGUAAUAAUUCGUGAAUUACAAAAAACAAGCCUAGAUGUAAAUCUUGCUGUAAAUAAUCUUCUCUCUCGUGAUGAUGAUGAUCCUGAUGAUGAUAACGAAGAUAGCUAUAUACAAGAGGCUUACUUGCCCAAUGAUGACUUAAUUUCAAUAUUUGAAGCUGGUAUUCCAAGUGAAGAGCCUUUUGUAGUUCAAAGAGAUCCCCUUUUUCCUGAAGAUAUUCUUUUGAAUCCAUUGUACACAAGAGGGGAAGCAUAUCAUACAACUAAUCGUACUCAAAGCAGUGAAAACAAUGCUACAAAUAACAGGGAAGGGAGAGAUAUGGCAUCAUCUCGGUUACGUGAUCGUUGGUGGGGAAUGAUUAUGAAAGAUGACACCAAGCAACGUUCCUCCUCCAAACCUACAACACAACAAAAAUCUAGGAAAGCUACAUCAAAUGUUGAAACAUCGCAGCGUUUUGGGGAAAUCCAAUGGUGGAGAUUCAAGGAUGAAAGUGAUGAUUCCAUAAAGUUUUCUCAAAUUGCAUCUUUGCACUCUGAACUGCUUGCUGUUACAGAAAAUGGUUUUUUACAUAGAUGGCGAUGGGCAGAUCCUGAGUCCCCUGUAACAGAAAUAACUGGCCAUGUUCAUCCACGAGCUGCUGAUAUGAAUUUAACUGAUAAUGAAAAAAUUGUCAAGAUAUCAUCAUGUAAUGUUCGCAUUUCUAUUCUUACUGAGAAUUGCUGCUUGGUUUGAUGAUACUUUAUCAGCUGUUGGUCACAAAUUGGAACAGCCUCUUCAAACUUUUUCUGAAUUUAAAGGAAAUUCAAUAUCAAAACUUCAUGUGUGUGAUUUAUAUUCGUGUGUUCAACUUUCGAAUGGUGCAUUGUAUUGGUGGGGAGUGUUUCCAUUUGAACAACGAAAGAAAGUACUUGAUAAAGUAAAAGCUAAAGCCAAGAAAAGUGCUAUCAGUGGCAGCAACCUUAUUAAGUCUGGAACUCAGGUAUGCAUUCGAAGCUGUCCACUUUAUUAUCCAGGUGCAAUUGGUUUUACCACAGUCAAUGGAGAACCCAAAGUUGGUGAGUUGAUGGAACAGGCAUGGACUAUUGUUGAGAAGUGUCGAUUUAAAAUUGUGAAUGCUAUACCUAAAAUAGUAGACACAAGUAAGCAUAUUGAAAACCAACCUGAUGAUCAAAUCAAUGAAAAUGAAGAUCCCGGUCCUUCUCAACAUAAGCGCAGACGGCUUGAUGAGAAUAGUGAAGACAGUUCUGCUCAGUUGCCUGUUAUAGUUAAAGAAGAACAGUGGUGUUUAAAAGAUGUUAUUUUUGUUGAAGAAGUUCGCAAUGUACCAGUUGGUACUGUAUUAAAAGUUGAUGGUGCAUAUGCAUUAGUUGAUUUUUCUACUAAAAAAGUUGAGACUGGAAAAUGUGAUAUUGGAUCAAUACUUGAUGAAUGCCGUCUAGUUCGAAAAGAUGAAUUACAGAUUGUAAAAUGGACAACUCCUCCAAAAAUGCCUGAGUGUUUUCAACGAACACCAAAACAAUUAAUAUUACCACCAAAUUCAAAAGCUCUUUCAAUAGCUUUAGAUACCAAAGGUGUGCGUGUUUUGUUAAAAACUCAAACUGGUUUACGCUAUGUGACUUUUAGUUUGGCAACAGGACGUGCCGAAUCUGGAGGAGAUAUUCAACAGGCGCCAUCAUUAUUUUUAUCAAAAACUCAACCUCACUGUUCUGUUUUGAACUCAUCUGGAAUAGACUCGCUUACCUUACUGCAAGAUCCAAACCAAUGUUUAUAUCCUCUAAUUAAAGAUAACAGUAAUGGGAUUCGUACGCCUGAUUUGUUAAAUAUGCCUCCAGUAACAUGCCUAGCAAUGGGUAGAAGAAGGGUAAAUGAUACGAACAAAGGACAUUUAAUUGUUGCUGUAAUGAUAGUAAAAGACAGUGAUUUAGUCCAAAGUGUUCUUCAAUCUGAUGCAGAAGCUAUUCAUCAAUUUUUUAGCAAUUGCCAAAUAGAAAAACAUAUCAACGAGAGAGUGGAUGGUAAUCGUAAUAUUUUUCACUUAUGUGUUUCAACGUGCAAACCAUUAUCACCUAAACCUAAUAAGAAAAAUGAAGAAUAUUAUGUUUCGUCUCCUUAUUCGCCAAGUUCUCCUAAGUCUAAUAAAAGAAAUGAAGACAACUCAAAGACGGAUAUAUUUGACAGUAGUAUGUGGGUUCCAUUGUUUGACGGAGACUCUUGUCUUGAUAUAUUGUUGAGCCAUUCUUUUUUAUCGCAACAUUUGUUUCAACUUUUAUCUGAAAGAGAUGCAUUUGGUUGCACACCAUUUAUGUAUGCUGUUAAGAUUCGGGCAUAUACAGCAGCUCUUAAGUUAUAUAAUGCUGCAGUUGAUAUCUCUAGGGAAAAUGGUCCAAAAAACAAAGAUAAGUUUAUGGCAAUGAUAUGCCCUCCUGGUACUGAUCCUGAUAUUUCACCAUUACUAGUGUUAUGCUGCAAUGAUACAUGUUCUUUUACCUGGACUGGCACGAAGCAUAUAAAUCAAGAUAUAUUUGAGUGUAAAACAUGUGGUCUUGUUGGUCCACUUUGUUGUUGUACAGAAUGUGCUCAGGUGUGUCAUGUUGGGCAUGAAUGCAAGUUAAAAAGAACAUCUCCAACUGCAUACUGUGAUUGCUGGGAAAAAUGUCCAUGUAAAUCACUUAUUUCAGGUGAUCAAUCUGCAAGAAAUCAACUUUUACAUAAACUUGUUGAUGAAACUGAUUUAUGCACUUUACCAAAUAAUAGAGGUCAACAUAUUUUGUUGUUUCUUGUACAUACUGUUGCUCGCCAAAACACUGAACAGACACAGUAUGUUCAAAAGCGGAACUCCUCCUCUGAUACAUCAAAAUCAUCCGGAGUGCGCAAAGUUCAUUCUCAGAAACCAUUACCAUAUCAUGACUUAGAACCACCUAAGUUUGCAAAAACAACACUCUUAUACAUAUUAAAAAAUUGGUUGGCAGUGAAAUCAAUGAUUCUUUUUGGAUGCAAUUCAACUGGAAUUAAAAGAACUCAAUCGUUAGAUGAUAAUAUAGUCAUGUCGUCAAUGCUACAAGCUGAUGAAAUUAGUAAAUACUUAGAUGGACAAAAUGGAACCACUUUAUUAGAUAAUUUUGUUCACAAACUUUUAGUAAAAUGUUAUGGGGAGUCUCUUGAGGCAUUACUUCAACUUUUUCAACAGCGGCUUGCAAAUAUAAAGAAAAACCAAAGUGAUGAUGAGAAUGUUGAAACAUUAAAUGUUAUAAACAGAUUCAUCAGAUCUGUUGUUCGCGUUUAUGUGCUGUAUACUGCUCCGACAGAAACCAAUCAAAUCAAGCGAAAAGGAAUAUCUGCUGUGAUAAUGAAAUGUAAACGAGUUUUUGCAUCAUUAAAUGUAUUUGCUGCAAAGCAAAUUGCUGACAUUGCAGCUUCAUUGUUUGCGCCAGUCAGAAUGGGAGUGGUUUAUCCUUCUGCUCCUUUUACUCUUGGCACAGGUCUUGAAAGCGCAGCUGCUUGUGAUGAUUUGUUUACUGUUUUGCCUUUGCCUGGUCGUAAAGAUAGUGUCAAUCCAUUAAGAGUCAGAUUUGCAGACAAUGAUCAGGCUGAUGAUACAGAAGAAAUGGAAUCUGAGGAAUCACAUGGUGUUGCAUCAACAACUACAGAGUACCAUCAGUACAUGGAUAUGGGAGAAACAGAUAGUGAUUCGGAUGACAGCCAAAACGGGGAUGGAGCUGAAACACAGUCUAUAGAAGUAUCAAGUGAAACUACAUUAACUUCAACCCAACAAACCCGAAGUGACACUGAUGGAUAUUUCUCAACAACAGAAGUCUCAGAAACAGAAGGCGAGGAAGAUGAUGAAGAUCCAGAAGAUGAGGAUGAAGACGAAGAGGAAGAAGAGGAUGAUAACACUACUCAGUUAGAUCUUGAGCGUGCUCCCCCUGCUACAAGUAUAGCUGAUAACAGCAAUACAACUCCGCGCGUUUUGCAAUGGGCUGUUCGAGACACUUCUUCCACAACGCCAUCAACAUCUGGAUCUACUCGUGCCACUUCAUCAGGUGUUUACUAUAUUGAUACUUCACGCAGAUCUGGAGCUAGUGCAACUAGUGAUGGUGCUUCAACCUCACUUUUCUCAACACCAAGUGCAUUAGCAAGGACCUUUGCUAUUCUUGUUAGAGAGGUUUCUGACUUGCUGGGACAAACUUCUGAAGAUAAUAGUCUAGCAGGCCCUUGCUACCCUAUCGAAGAUAAUAUAUUAAAAGAAACUCGUGAUACAACAGAUAAAAUUUUGUUUAAAACAUGGCAAUGGUUAUGGAGGGUCAUGGAGCUUACUGAAUCACAAUUAAGGUUUGGUGCAUCGCUAACAGCAGUUUCAGAUCCAAUGCAUCCUCAGCAUCCACUGCACGAUGUUCAAAAUAAACCUUCUAGAGGAUCUAGUUCUACUAGUAUUUUGAAUGUUUGGAGUGAAUACAGCAAGAAAAAAAAAAGCAGCACUAAUCCUCUAACUGAUACCUCAUCAUCUACCCGACAAGAUUUUCUCAGUUAUCUUUUGUCACUUAUGCGUAGUCAUCACAAUGAACAUGGAGAUUCUUUACCUAAAGUAGAAAUAACUGCUUUGCAGCAUCUUGCAUAUGUUCUUGAUGCAUUUAUAUAUUACUUACGCUCAAAUACUGUUUCUUCAUCAGAAGUUAUAUUACCAGCAGAAUUUUCUCUCACUGAAUCAAAAUCUACAAAUGAAAGUAAAACAACAAAAACAUCAGGUGAGGAUGAUGAGAGCGAUGAAACAGAUACUGAUGAUUUUGGAAAUGAAAUAGACACAAAAGCCUCUAAUCAUCGAUUUUUCAAGCGAAGUGAUUCUACACUUGUGUUAGGUUAUGAACCUGCUGAUUCAUUUGCUCCUCUUAAAGAAGCUCUUCCUCUCGCUGAUCGACCACAUUUGUUAACUCCAUCUGGAAGAAGAGAUCAAUUUUUUGGUGUAAAAAAGUCUACAGACAGUAGUUUCAAACUCGAUUCUACAUUUUCGUUGGGUUUAAACGAUUCAACAAGUUGUGUUUUACUUAUGUCACCCAAUGUUUACUUAAGUCGUUGGCACAUGUGUUUAGAGUUAUUUGGCAGAGUGUUCUUAGAUGAUGUAGGGUCUGAGCCUCAUUCAAUACUAAAUGAGCUAGGUCGAUUUGAUGUCAAAGAAGCAAAGUUUAAAAGAGAAAUGGAAAAGUUGAAAAAUGGACACCAAAAAGAUUUAUAUCUUGAAGGGCUGGAUCGUUCACGUCCACUGUUGUUACAACAAACACUGCGUCAACUAAACUCACAGUUUGGCCGUAGACUUCCAGGUGCUGGACCACUAAACAUACAUAGACUUAAAGUAUCAUUUAAAGAUGAACCAGGUGAAGGAAGUGGAGUAGUUCGUAGUUUUUACACAGCAAUCAGCAAUGCUUUUCUUACAAACGAAAGACUUCCAAAUCUUGAUAACAUCUUUUCUGGUAGUAGAGGUUUGACUCACCAGCUACGUGCUCGUGCUAGAGAGCGGGAAAAAGAUAUUCGACGUGGGUUAGAAGUUACAGACAUGGUACCAAGAAAUGUUCGUCGACAUAAUGACAGAUCAAAUGCUGAUAGUGCUUCUACAUUAUCUAUUGAUGCUCUGCCAUAUAAUCCAGAGUCUGAAAGUUCUCUGCAGGAAGAUUUAACAGAUAUUCCAGUUCAUAAAAAAGAACUUGGUAAAAGAUUAUACUCUCGAAUACAAGCAAUCUCUCCUGCAAAUGCAAACAAAAUUACUGGCAUGAUAUUGGAGUUACCACCUACGCAGAUUAUACACAUACUUACUAGCAGUGAAAGUAUUUUAAUUGCAAAAGUUAAUGAAGCUACUGAGCUUUUAAACGGAAAAAUGAGUUCUAGUAAGUCAGAUCCAGAUGCUUUAGUGGAUGAUUAUGAUAGCAGUUAUGUGUUUGACAAUUCACCCCUUUUCUUUCAACCUGGAAAGCCUGGUUAUUAUUCACCACGUCCAGGGAAAAAUGUAAUUGAACGCAUUAACUGUUUUCGAAAUGUUGGAAGAAUUAUUGGUUUAUGCUUACUCCAAAAUGAGUUGUGUCCCUUGGUUUUUAAUCGUCAUGUUAUUAAAUAUUUACUUGGAAGAAAAAUAAGUUGGCAUGACUUAGCUUUUUUUGAUCCGAUACUAUAUGAGAGUUUACGUCAACUUAUUGAGGAUAGCAAGCGUGAGGAUAGCUCUAAGUUUUUCUCAGAUCUUGAUCUAACAUAUUGUAUUCAGUUGCGACCUGAAGAAGGUGGUGGUACAGUAGAGCUUGUAAAAGGUGGAAGUCAUGUAGAAGUUGCACCAGACAAUGUUCAUGAUUAUGUCAAGCGGUAUGCUGAAUAUAGAAUGGUUGUUAACUCUAGGAGAGCACUUCAGGCAAUGCGUAGAGGAUUACUAGAUGUCAUACCAGCAAAUCAUUUAGAAAGUUUGACCGCAGAAGAUUUCCGGUUGCUUUUAAACGGGAUAGGAAACAUAUGUAUCCAACAACUUAUGAGUUACACAUUUUUUAGUGAUGAAACAGCAGGCGAAGGACAAGAAAAGUUAACAAAGUUUAAAAAAUGGUUCUGGUCUAUUGUUGAGAAUAUGACUCCUAAACAAAAACAGGACUUACUUUAUUUUUGGACCUCUUCCCCUGCCAUGCCUGCAAGCGCCGAAGGCUUUCAACCUCUACCUUCUGUUACUGUCAAACCAGCAAACGACCAUCAACUUCCUACUGCAAAUACAUGUAUCUCUCGACUCUACGUUCCUCUAUACUCAUCAAAAGCUAUACUGCGAAACAAAUUUUUAUUAGCAAUAAAAACUAAAGUUUUUGGCUUUGUCUAAGUGAAUUGUUAGAUUAUGCAAUGGUGAUGAUGUAUAAUGGAAGAAUGGUUGAAAUGAUUAUAGAAAGAUGACGAGUGAUGGAAAAACGCAAAACAAUUACUUGAUUUUGUAACUUUACUACGCUUAUGCCGUUUUCUAUUUGGUUGAGUAUCUUGAUCAAAUUAUCAUUUAUAAAACACUAAUAUCUUUGGUCGAUCGAUAUUGAAUUCUUAGUUCGAUCGAUUAUAGAAUUCUUGUUUAAGAUUUGAGUUCAAAUAAAGUUAUAAACAUUA